CUAAGUUCCUAGUCUCGUCAGAUUGCCGCCAGCAUGCGCGGCGCCGGAAAGCACUGCUGCAGCUGCAACACCUUUUACUCUCACCGCAUUGUUUGUUCACCUCUGAAUCAGCCCUGGUCCAAAUGCUCGCUACCAUCCAAUCGUUCUGGCCAAAGACGGAAAACUUGCAGGCCGCUGCAUGAAACUAUACCUGCUUCUGGAAAAACCAGAGGCUGAAUUCCUGUCUGGUCAUGAGUACAACCCCUAUGCAGUCUUGGGUCUUCAAUAGGAUGGUCGGCAUGCG